UGUGUACGACAGACGGGUCAAGCAGUGACGGCUCCAGGGCUUGUGCGAAGAUGGCUUUUAACGAGCUGACGUCCAGAGCUGUCCUGUUGUAUGAUGAAUGGAUCAAAGAUGCUGAUCCUAGGACCGGAAACUGGCUGCUUAUGUCUUCCCCACUGCCCCAGACCAUCAUCAUUGCUGCGUAUAUUUACUUCGUUUCUUCCCUUGGUCCAAGACUAAUGGAAAACCGCAAGCCCUUUGAGCUCAAGCAAGUUCUGAUUGUAUACAACUUCAGUGUGGUGGCCUUCUCUCUUUACAUGUGUUAUGAGUUCCUUAUGUCUGGCUGGGGAACGGGAUAUUCUUUCCGCUGUGAUUUGGUAGACUACUCAAGUUCUCCCCAAGCGAUGAGGAUGGCAUGGACAUGCUGGCUGUACUACUUCUCAAAGUUCAUCGAGAUGUUGGACACGGUUUUCUUUGUCCUCCGGAAAAAGAACAGCCAGAUCACAUUCCUACACGUCUAUCAUCACUCCAUCAUGCCUUUCACCUGGUGGUUUGGCGUCAAAUUUGCUCCAGGUGGUCUUGGCACCUUCCAUGCUCUGCUCAACUGCAUUGUCCAUGUCGUCAUGUACACAUACUAUGGCUUGUCUGCUUUGGGGCCUGCCUACCAGAAGUUCCUCUGGUGGAAGAAACAUCUCACCUCCAUCCAGCUGAUCCAGUUUGUGAUGGUGACUAGUCACAUUGGCCAGUACUUCUUCUUGAAGGACUGUCCGUACCAGUUCCCAGUCUUUGUCUACAUCAUCGGUCUGUAUGGCCUGGUGUUCCUCUUGCUGUUCCUCAACUUCUGGUAUCACGCCUACACCAAAGGGAAACGGCUCCCCAAAGUGCUGCAGAAUGGAAAUGGGGUUCAUCGGGUUAAGGAGGACUGAGCUCUUUCUCCUGGCUGGACUUGAUUUGGUGUUUUGGUCUGCCUUGACAAUCUCUGAAGCAGCGUAAAAGCCAGUACUGUACAUUUUGUAUAAGUGUUAAACUGUAAUCUUGAGGGAUUGUACCUCUUACCAAAGCUGAGCUAAAUGUCUUGUUGGGGAUGAAUAUUUGGUAAUGGAAUGCUGCACAAGUUCUGAAGUAACUUCCCCACCCCUCAAACCUCACUAGAUGCUAAUUCUCCUGGGUGGUGGCAGCAGCUGCACCUCAGUUAGGUUUCCUGCAUGUGUGAAUUAUGACUGCUUUUUUUUUUUUUUUCUUUUUUACACUAAAUUUUAUAUCUGUAAAUUAUAAACUUUGAAUAUUUAACUUGUAAAAGGACACCUGUCUAAAUGUUCUGCUAUACUUGGUCUUCUGGGUGUGUGAACAGUCUGAGCUGUGCUCAGGGAAACUGAGAGCCCAAGAAAUGUAGGUGCUGAUCCUCCUCCCUGCCUUCAGGGCGAUGUGGAUGCAGCACGGAUUCCAACUCUGGAGUCUCGACCACUGUGAUCGCAGGCCUAGUUCAGUUGUGCUUAUUGGUUUAUGGGCAGUGAUGUCCUUAAUGAAGAAGCUAUCUGAAAUGUAUUUAAAUUGUCAUCUCAAUGUUGCGAGCUAUGAUUGACCUUCACCUAAGAUGUAAGGUUUGACAGCUUCCCUCUUGAGAAACCUGCACUGGGAUACUGCAGGUCGACUAUGGGAGCUCCAUUGCACCAUAGGAACUCUCUUAUGGUAUUGGAUGCAUCUUGUGGUUUUGCCUUCCUAGAAUUCUUGGAACAAUAGGGUUGGUGCUCAUAGCUGAAACAUGGCUUUGUAGUAAUGAAUGUCACUGGUGUGUUUGUGCCUAGACAUGAUGCCACAUUUAAAUUGUGCAACAUGAACAUAUUUGACAAUAAAUUAUAAAAUGUA